AUGCUCACCGUCGACGCGAAGCCAUACCCUUUUGCAUUCCCCCCAACGCAGACGGCAUUGCUCAUCAUAGACAUGCAGCGAGAUUUCCUGCUCCCGAAUGGUUUCGGAGAAAUACAGGCUGGUUCUCUUCAAGCCGUCCAAGCUUCAAUUGCUCCAACCAAGAAGCUUCUCGACAAAUUCCGUCAAGCCAAUCUACCUAUUUUCCAUACUCGAGAGGGCCACAAGCCCGACCUAUCAGACUGUCCAUCCAACAAGUUGAUCAGACAAAAGGGUUUUCGUGACAAAAUACAGGGUUUAAAAGUCAUCGGUGACAAAGGAGAAAUGGGAAGGCUGCUGGUCCGUGGUGCAAUCGGCCACGACUUUGUCGAUGAGUUGCGCGCUGUUCCCGGAGAAGUCGUAGUAGACAAACCAGGAAGAGGAGCCUUCUUCAAUACCAAGUUGAUGGACAGAUUGAAAGCAAAGGCCAUCACACAUCUCAUCAUUUGUGGUGUGACUACGGAAUGUUGCUUUGAUACAACAUUUCGUGAAGCCAAUGACCGUGGAUUCGAGUGCUGUGGAGUCGAGGAUGCCACUGCCGGCUACAAAGAUGAGUUCAAACUUUCUGUACUCGACAUGAUACAUUGGAGCGAAGGCCUUUUCGGAUUCGUUGCAUCUCUACAGCCUCUACUGGAAACUCUCGAGUCGUUCACGCGGUCGCUCGCAUUCGUUGGCGAUAAUACUUCUGCCCAGACUGCCGCAAACUUUGACGGUGUUCUGAGUAUCCCAAGCCUUCAAAAGGCGUACCGCACAGGCCUGUCGCCUGUUACUGUGAUCGAAAUCGUGUUUGACAGAGUUCAAAGGUACAAGAAGGUCGAUCCUGCCGUCUGGAUUCAUUUGGAGACAGAGGCAUCGGCGCUGGAGCGAGCAAGAAAGCUGUUGAGCGACUGGCCCGAUCGUUCAAGGCUUCCGCCACUCUUUGGUGUGCCUUUUAGCGUCAAAGAUAGCUUCGACAUUGCUGGCCUCCCCACUACAACCGCAUGUCCUCCAUUGACACGUGUCCCAUCGAAAUCUGCUCUGGCAUAUGACCUUCUGUUAGAGCAAGGCGCGAUCUUCAUUGGCAAGACCAACCUUGAUCAAUUGGCGACCGGCCUGACUGGAUGCCGGUCUCCGUUUGGAAUCCCGCGCUCUAUGCUCCACCAUGACUACAUUUCCGGAGGCUCGUCCUCUGGGAGCUGUGUCAGUGUUGGCGCUGGCCUAGUAACAUUCUCGCUUGGCACGGAUACGGCUGGAUCCGGGAGGAUCCCUGCUGCGUUCAAUGGAGUUGUGGGCUAUAAGCCCACUAGAGGAUUGAUCUCAGCCCAAGGAGUGACGCCAGCAUGUCUCUCACUAGACUGCGUUGCCAUCAUUGCUGGAAAUGUCUCGGAUGCUCGCACUGUAUGGGAUCUGUGUGCGAAAUAUGAUGAAGAGGACCCCUACGCAAAGGUGACCGUCCCGAUCCAAAGACACAUAAAUUCCACUGGGCCCCAGGCAAAGAUCUUCACUUUUGGCAUUCCUCCGCUCGAAGCGCUAGCGAUCUGCAACCCAGCCUACCGUCGGAAGUUCGACGAAAGCGUUCAGAGUCUACAUGCUAUGGGUGGGAUCUUGAGGCCAAUAGACUGGAGCUUUUUCGAGAAAGCAGGUAAACUCCUGUAUGAGGGUUCUUUUGUCUCAGAACGCUUGGCUAGUCUGCCUGACGAUUGGCUUGAGAAGAAUCGGGAUCACCUCCAUCCUGUCAUCCGAGAUAUCUUCGAAAAUGUCGUAACGAGGGAAAGCACUGCGAUACAAGCUUACAGAGACCUACAAGCAAAAGCGUUUUACACUCGGAAAGCUGAAAAAACCUUCGCCUACGACGCGUCUGGCAUAGAUGUACUUGUGGUCCCAACAGCUCCAACGCACUGGACUGUCGAGGAAGUACUCGCGGAUCCAAUGGCAACGAACAGCGUGCUAGGCGAGUUUUCACAUUUCGGCAAUGUUCUUGAUCUAUGUGCUGUAGCUGUUCCCGCUGGUACCUGUCCUGUGUCGGAGCUCCAGGGCAAGCCUGACGCAGAAGGUGUAUUACCCUUUAGUGUUACAUUUCUAGGGGGCAGUAUGAUGGAUGGGGAGACCCUCGAAAUCGCACGGCGGUUCGAAGAGCACAUGAGCUAA